UUGAUCAGCUUGUUCUCGUCACUCAAAUCUCUACUGUUCCACAUUUCCAUACAAGAACCUUUGUGUUACAUAAACUAUGAAAUUGAAGAAGGAUGCCAAACACAGACUUGUGUUUAUCGCCUGUGUCUGUCUGGUUAUUAUUAUGACUAUGCCGACAAGAUUUCACAUUCCAAGUUUCAUUCAUGUCAAUAUAAAAUCAUCACGUGACGUUAAAGAAGAAGGUCGAGUGUACGGCCUUGAUACAAAUUGUAAGGCUUAUUUCAAUGCCACCAAGCUCAGUAACAUGAAGCGUCUGUUGGGGAUGAAGACUACCCCGGAAGUAGAAGAGUAUCUUUUCCGUUUUGGUUUCCCGAGUAGGACUACAACAUCCGGUGACGUCUAUAUACCCGAUUUACCAGACCCCACGAUACCCAUUCCUGAUACUCCCGCGAUUGUAUUUGGUAUCUCUUCUAAUCAUUUUGAUGAAGCGAAGGCCUCGCUGUAUUCGCUGGACACUAUUUUAAGGCCAGCUUAUCCUGACAUCAAAGUUAUUAUAUAUGAUAUAGGAUUAAACGAAACAGAACGACAAGCCGUGAGAAGGUAUGGCAAAUGUGAAUUAAGAACUUUUGAGUUUGACAAAUAUCCUGAACAUAUAAAAGUUCUACAUCUUUGUGCCUGGAAACCAAUUAUAAUACAGGAAGUCCUGAACCAAUAUGGUUUCGUCAUGUACAUGGAUGCUUCGGGUCGAAUUAGAAGUUCAAGAUUUACACCAACAUUUAAUUUUGUGAAGGAAACUGGUGUCAUUUUCCGCUCAGUAGAACAUCUACCAUUUUUUCUAGUUAAUCACACAUUUCCUAAAACAUUUGAAUAUUUUCAAGAGAAACCAUGUUUGUUUCAUAAAAUAAAAGAAGCAGGCGCGACAUUUGGUUUGGUUGUGAAAAACAACCUGUAUUCCUACGCCAUCAUGAGAUCCUGGUUAACAUGCGCUCUUCAGAGAUAUUGUAUUAUGCCUGAAGGGACUGAGCAAAGACUUAGAUGUCCAUUCGAUGUAUUUAAAUACCAUAAAUGCCAUCGUGAAGAUCAGUCAGCUUUGGGUAUUGCCAUAAGCAUGAUUUAUCAUUACCCAGAACCACAACCUUAUCUUGCAGAGGAAAUAUAUUAUAUAAACAGGGAUAAAAAAUCGGACUAUUUUUAAGCUAAAGAAAAACUGGUCAAUUUAAAUCACAAUGGACACUGACUCUGUUGCUCGCCAUUUCUACCAGUUAUACGAUAAAAGUAGUAUUAUGGCAAUUGUACCUGGCUAAAAUUUAUUUAAUUUUUUUAAUUGUUAUGUCGUCAAUGCGUUCCUAACUUCCAAUACAUAGUAUGGAUCAAGGCUCGUCCAGUCGACCGCCAUGUUCGCGAAUUGCUAUUAAAAUAUAAUUUUGGAGAUUAAAUUUUGAAUCUGGCAAUUUCACAAAAAAAUGUCUUAGCUUUGUUUAUUGACAAUAUUGUGCAUGUCGUCCAUCCGUUCCGUUCCAAGGGUUGUAAUAAACUAAUUAAGGACAAUUCGUCCCCCAACAAUUUUUACCAAGACAAUUCGUUGACAGACAACUCGUCCCAAAAGACAGUUCGUCCAAGAUCUAUUAGUCCCCUGGGACUAUUCGUCCCCGGAGAACUAGCUUCUAUUGUCAGUUCGUCGCAGACAAUUCGUCCCAUGACUCUUCAUCCCUAAGACCAAUUAGUCCCCGGACAACAAUAAUGGUAGUUCCAUGUAGACUAGACAUCAAUUAGUUAUAACAUGGACUUUAUAAUACAUAAGGUCCAUGGUCAUAACAUCUUCAACCACUUCACAAUUAAUGAAUGUGUUUGCAUUGCAGACAUGGCAAUAAUUGUCUUUAAAUUUAAUAAACAAAAUUUAGACCUUUCUCUAGUUAGCAAUUAAGAAAAUAGCUUCCUAUACAUGCCAGCUCACAGUCACAGCAGUCUAGACAUGGGUUCAACAGAAUGCAGCCCCCAUCCCCACCUCCACUCGCACCGAAGGGUUUCAAAAUUGGCAGAAAAUAGCAGUUUCAGACAGGAAGAGGGAUUUGGCCAUCAUAUUGUUUUUUUUAACGAUCUGGGGAUGAAUAGCCCUAGGGGACAAAUAGACAAUGUGGACGAAUAGACCUAAAGGACGAAGUAUCCCGUACCCAUAAUUAAGACAUAAACGAUUUAAUUAUUUAUCUUUAAAUAAAAAUCCACGGCUAAUUAAUUAGUAAAUUUUGAGAACUCUUGCAAUUACUAAAAAAUUUGAAAUCCUUGAAAAUAUUUUCAAAAUAGCUAUAAUAUGUAAACA